AUGUUUCAAUCAAUUCGAUUCUCUUCUCGCCUACCAGCUCGUCUGGUCAGGUGGAAUUCCACUGGUCCUGUUCUGCCACCCUUGAUGGCUACUCUGCGGACUGACCUGAAAACUGCCAUGAGAGCGAAGGACACUACAAGACUUAAUGUAUUGCGCGCUUUGAUCUCCGAGACCAACAAUGCCGCCAAAUCUGCCUCCCCGAUCCAAACAGACAUUCAACUCUUGUCGCUGAUCCGGAAACGCUUGAAUGCGUCCAAGGAUGCAGCUAAAGAGUUCGAGGCCGCAGAGAGACCCGAUCUCAAGGAGAUGGAAGAUGCGCAAGUUGUAGUUUUGGAGGAAUACGCUGGUCAGGUCAAGACUCUCCCUGUGGCCGAGAUCAAGGAAGUGGUUGUCAACGAGAUCACUUCGAUGAUCAACGCUGGUACAAAACCCAACCAAGGAACAAUUCUCAAGGCUCUUUUCGCCGCUGGCGGUCCGCUGGACGGCAAGCCUGUUGACCGCAAAGAGGUUGCUACAGAGGUCAAGAACGCGCUCGAAUGA